UCGGUUAGAGAUGGUUUUACACAACCAUUGACGUCAUCGACCAUAUCCUGCAUUCCUGCUCCUAUCCAUCCAUGUCGCAGCCGAGAGCCAUGGAGGACGCCGCCGGCGACGACCACGGCGCCUUCAUCCAGAAAUUCAUCCUGCUGCCUUCCUCCGACCACCACCAGCAGCAGGAGCAGCUACCCCUGCACGGCCUCACCUUCGCCAUCAAGGACAUCUUCGACGUCGCCGGCCGCGUCACAGGGUUCGGCACCCCGGACUGGGCCCGGACGCACGCGCCGGCCGCCACCACGGCGCCCGCCGUGCUGGCCGCGCUCGCCGCGGGCGCCACGGGCGUGGGCAUGACGGUGAUGGACGAGAUGGCCUACAGCAUCAACGGCGAGAACGCGCACUACGGCACCCCCGCCAACCCCUGCGCCCCCGGCCGCGUCCCCGGCGGUUCCUCCAGCGGCUCCGCCGUCGCCGUCGCCGCCAGCCUCGCCGACUUCGCCCUCGGCACCGACACCGGCGGCAGCGUCAGGGUGCCCGCCGCAUACUGCGGCAUCUUCGGCCUCCGCCCCUCCCACGGUGUGGUCUCCGCCGAGAACGUCGUCCCCAUGGCGCAGAUGUUCGACACUGUCGGAUGGUUUGCCAGAGAUGUAGCUACAUUGUCCCGUGUGAGCGACGUGUUGCUGCCGCCGGUGUCAACCGAUGCCGAGCUGCCACGACCGAGCCGUGUCAUAAUUCCUGCUGACUGUUUCAAGAUCUUGGGCUCCUCUGACGAUGACCACACCUACGAGAUCCUCAAUGCUUGCGCGGCCAAGGUAUUCGGCAGUGAUGCAGUGGUGGACAAUGGUGACCUUGGUGAUUUUGUCUCCAGCAAUGUUCCGAGGAUCGGCAAGUUUAUGACCGACUUGUCUGCGAUCGAAGCAUCAUCAUCUUGUGUGCCCUCUCUGUCUGCAAUCUCACGUGUCAUGCGUGUCCUUCAAAGGUCUGAAUUCAAAGCAAACCACGCGGAGUGGGUGAACACGGUGAAACCCAACCUCGGCCCUGGCAUCCGAGAGCGAGUGCAGGAGGCCAUCGCAUCGGAGGAUAGAUCCGCCAUGGAUGAUCUUCAUGCCGUCAGGACCGAAUUCAAGUCUGCCCUAGCCGCUCUCCUCAAGGACGACGGAAUCCUGGCAAUCCCUACGGUCCCCGGCGCGCCACCGAAGCUACGCAUGGACGCGGCGUUGCUGGAGGACUUCCGGGCGAGGGCCUUCUCCCUGCUAUCCAUUGCCGGCCUGUCGGGGUUCUGCCAGGUGAGCAUCCCGCUGGGCACCCGCCACGGCGUUCCGGUGUCGGUCUCGCUGCUCGCAGGCCAUGGUGGUGACCGUUUCCUGGUCGCUGUAGCCCAGGAGCUCCAGGAGGCGCUCCAAGCCGAGGCGGCAGCAGCCUGGGGCUCAUCAGCUUAGCCCAAUUCGGUCAUAUCUUGCUGAAUUAUCCAGUACAGGACAUUGUAUGAUUCUGACUGAACAUAUGAAAUAUAUACCGUCAAGUGUAUGUACUAGGUAGAUUUUCACCAUUAUGCAGACAAAUUUGAAACUCGAUCGAUUGGUUCCAAUUA